UCAUGAUCGAAGUCGAGUGCGAGGGCUGAGUGGCAGUGUGGAAUGGCUCAGGCGCCGCAUUCACUGGUCUCUGCGGGACGUCACUGGUGAGGUGAAUGGCGUCUGCCGCAGUGCUCUUCAAAGUGGCUGGGGCAAAAACUUUAUGUUCGCGCGGGCAGGCAGACAUUGCCCCUGCAACGCCCCAGCGAUUCGCUUUCAGGACACUUCCUCCAUCUCUGUAUGAGGGAUUGAGGCUGGGCCGGUUUCAUUCCGACUACAGGGUGGGGUCAGGAUUGAGGCGCUUCUCGCCGAGGGCAGAGAUUCCCCGGGAGGGAGCAGAGUCUACCGGAAGUUCCAACUUGGUUGACAGCGUGCCUCAGGCUGAACAGGUCAAGGAUGAGGCACAGGCUCUCAAGUCGAGCAUCAAGCGUGUGGAGAAGGAGAUUGACGAUGUGAAGAACCAGAUUAAGACUGCUGCGGCUGCAGGCAAGAGCACAGAGUUCUUGCAGCGGGAGAAGACCGCGCUGCGGCAGAAGGAGGCCGCGCUGCGGCAGAAGGAGGCCGCGCUGGAGCAGCGACUGACCGCGCUCGUGCAGGCGGAGGUGGAAAAGUUGAAGCUGCAGCAGACACCAGCAGCGGGGAUUCCAGACCCUGCAGUCUUGGGUAAGUCUUUGUACCUGUCUCCACCUGUUGGCGCUGUGUGCUGA